AUGAACAGACACGCCCUUUGUGAGGCAAAUAUAAAGCAGGAAGACUCGAGCAUCCGCAUCCAAGCAUCGGGGGUCCUGGCGUUGAAAGGAAACAAAGAUGUCAGUGAAAUCAUUGAAAGGGCAAAUGCAAACACAACAACACAUCUGCUGCAUGGCGACAUCGCCCUAAAAGUGCAAAGGAACGCCGAUCCCUGCACUGCCACAGGAUGCACAUGGCCCAAAUAUGGGAAGUAUGUGUAUGUUCCUGUGUCCAUCUCCUCAUCUUACAGCUUCUCGGAUCGCAUAACCAUCAUCCGUGGCUUGCUGAGUUUCUAUAAAGACACCUGCAUCCGCUUCACAAAGAGACGCUGGUGGCACAGGAACUACUUGUACUUCUUCCCGGGAUCUGGGUGUUGGUCGUACCUGGGCCGUCAGUCCAGAGGUCAGGCAAUCUCGUUGCAGAAAAACGGAUGCGUGUACCUCGGCACCGUGCAGCAUGAGAUUCUUCACGCGCUUGGAUUCCACCAUGAGCAGGUUCGCUCGGAUCGAGAUGAUCACGUCAUCAUUAACUUCGACAACAUCAGAGAUGGAACUGAAAGAAACUUUGAGAAAGUGAACACGAACAACUUGGGUACUCCCUACGACUUCGACUCCGUCAUGCACUACAGCAACAUGGCCUUUUCCAAAAACGGCCAGCCAACCAUUGUCGCCAUAAACGAUACGGCCAAAGUGUUUGGCCGUGCUAUGAAGAUGAGCAGCAAUGAUACUGCACGUAUCAAUGAGCUCUAUAAGUGUAGUAAAUUCAUAGACAACGGAGGGAACGUGUUGCAGCUCUCACGUCAUGGUGCAAUGCUGUCACUCUGA